UCGUUGGUCGAAAUGGCAGGAGGUGUGAGGAAAAAGUCGUCCCCUGGUCCACGGUCUAGAGUGUGGGCGCCACUUCGUACACUAUGGCAGGAGAAACAUUUGAUCGUAUUCAAGGCAGAGCACACAAUACUGGUCGCCUCUGUUCUGUGGUUCCUGGAGAUCGGAAUAAACAUAUGGGUCAUCCAAAAAGUUGCAUACACAGAGAUCGACUGGAAGGCGUAUAUGGAUGAGGUAGAGGGAGUCAUCAACGGCACCUACGACUACACCCAGCUCAAAGGAGGCACAGGCCCGCUGGUAUACCCAGCAGGAUUUGUGUACACCUUCACAGCGCUGUAUUACAUCACCAACCAUGGGGUGAAUAUUUGCCUGGCCCAGUACCUGUUUGCUGUUUUCUACCUGCUCACCCUGCUGCUCGUCUUCAGGAUCUACCACCGCACCCAGAAGGUUCCUCCCUACGUAUUCUUCUUUGUGUGCUGUGCCUCCUACCGGAUCCACUCCAUCUUCGUCCUGCGUCUUUUCAACGACCCUGUAGCCAUGAUGAUGUUGUUCGGUGCUGUCAAUCUGUUCCUGGAUGGCCGCUGGACUCUGGGCUGUGGCCUCUACAGUUUAGCAGUGUCUGUGAAGAUGAACGUGCUCCUGUUUGCCCCGGGCCUCCUCUUCCUCCUGCUGUCUGAGUUUGGCCUGAUGAGGGCCAUACCCAAGCUCUCUCUCUGUGCUGCCAUCCAGAUAUUGUUGGGCCUACCCUUCCUGAUGGAGAAUCCCAUUGGCUAUAUGACCCGGGCCUUUGACUUGGGUCGUCAGUUUAUGUUCAAGUGGACAGUGAACUGGCGCUUCCUGCCUGAGUGGCUUUUCCUAAGUCGCUACUUCCAUCUGGUGCUCCUGGCUGCCCACCUGCUAGCCCUGCUACUGUUUGCCCUGCGCCGCUGGAAGAGGCCUGGAGAGAGCGUCAUGGAACUGCUGAAGGAGCCAGGCAAGCGAGUCAACCCUGCCCAGAAACUCACCUCGGAUCAGAUGGUGCUGAUCCUCUUCACGUCUAACUUCAUCGGCAUAUGCUUCAGCCGCUCGCUGCACUACCAGUUCUACGUCUGGUACUUCCACACCCUACCUUUCCUUCUCUGGAGUGGAGGAGUCAAGAAGCUGGCUCACCUACUCAGGGUUUUGAUCCUCGGCCUGGUGGAGCUGUCGUGGAACACCUACCCUUCUACUACACACAGUUCAGCUGCCCUCCAUGUCUGUCAUCUCAUCAUGCUGCUCUCCCUGUGGUUCGCCCCCCGGGUAGAGGAGAAGACCAAGAGCAAGUGAGCUUUUCCCUUAGGAGACCCUCCUGUCGAAGGGGUCUGGUCGACCAUCUCCACCCUGCUCUCACCCCAGGCUGGUUCUCACCCUUCACCACGUCUUGCCCAUCUCGCUGUAGCUCUGUGCUAAUGUAUAGCAUAACGUACAGGUGGGAGAAGGUACAGCGUGAGACUGCAUGUGGAAGGUUCGUGGGGUGGGAGGAGGCCCGAAAACAAUUAGGAUUCUCAGGUUAAAGAAUUAGAUUUAAUUUAGGUUGGGGUCUCGUUGUGAGGAGAAAUGCUGAAUGCUUUGCUGUAUUGUUGAUAAGACAUCUUAAGUAAGGGUCUCUUACUUCCAGUAUGUAUUUUUUAUGGAGAAACUGCCUUUAGCCCAUAAUUUGUCCUGUUAAGUAUUAUCACUGGUCUUGGUGAUAGUAGAGAACAGUCAAACUGUUAGUACAGUAGUUCCUCAUCCUGGCAAUCAGCUGGUCUGAACUUCUGUUACUGGACUAUUUGUUGAUGUAAACAUCCUGGUUUGCUGUAGCUCAGUUGGUAGAGCAUAGCGCUUGCAAUGCCAGGAUAGUGGGUUCGAUUCCAGGGACCACCCAUGUGUAAAGAAUAUAUGUUUUUAAUGUAUGCAUGACUCAGUCCUUUUGGAUGAAAGCAUCUGCUUAAUGGCAUAUUAUAUUGAAGAUGAUUUCUAUGUUUUUUUUAAUGAAGCUUUAAAUUGAACUGCAAUAAGCUUUUGGUACCACCCAUUGGGCACAAUAGGAAUGACGUAGCCUAGCUACCACAAGGCUUACUAUAGGCUAAUACAUAAUAAAUGGCAUUUCAUAUCACAAUAUGACCAUGCAAAACUAAGCUGUUGACAAUCAAGGUUCUGUCGAUUUGUUAAAACAAAAUUCUAAUAGUUUGGUUUUCAGUGUGGUGUGCAGUAGACUAAAUAGAAGGCCAGUUUCCUGCACCUGGAUUACUUCUACCCCUUGUCAACACGCACUGAAGUUAUUUUAGUCUAAGAAUAGCGGUAGUUCAGUGAGCUAAUGUUGAUAUUUUGGUGAACUGUGCCUUUUAAUAUGAAUACCGAACUGUACCUUUUAAGUAUGAACUCUUUUUAAUGUGCUGCUAUAGAUUAUGUGUAGCGUAGUUUAAUGUUCAUAUUUGUUUGCUGAUAUACAGUUGGAAUCAGUUUACAUACACUUAGGUUGGAGUCAUUUACUCGUUUUUCAACCACUCCACAAAUUUCUUGUUAACAAACUCAGUUAGGACAUCUACUUUGUGCAUGAGACAAGUAAUUUUUCCAACAAUUGUUUACAGACAGAUCUGUACAAACAAUAGUACGCAAGUAUAAACACCAUGGGACCACGCAGCCGUCAUAACGCUCACGAAGGAGACGAAUUCUAUCUCCUUGAGAUUAACAUACUUUGUUGUGAAAAGUGCAAAUCAAUCCCAGAACAACAGCAAAGGCCCCUGUGAAAAUGCUGGAGCAAACAGGUACAAAAGUAUCUAUAUCCAGUAAAACUAGUCCUGUAUCGACAUAACCUGAAAGGCCGCUCAGCAAGGAAGAAGCCACUGCUCCAAAACCGCCAUAAAAAAGCAAGACUACGGUUUGCGACUGUACAUGGGGACAAAGAUUGUACUUUUUUGAGAAAUGUCCUCUGGUCUGAUGAAAUAAAAAUAUAACUGUUUGGCCAUAAUGACCAUCGUUAUGUUUGUUGGAAAAAGGGGGAGGCUUGCAACCUGUUUGAACACCAUCCCAGCCUUGAAGCACGGUGGUGGCAGCAUCAUGUUAUGGGGGUGCUUUGCUGCAAGAGGGGCUGGUGCACUUCACAAAAUAGAUGGCAUCAUGAGGCGGGAAAUUUUGUGGAUAUAUUGAAGCAACAUCUCAAGACAUCAGCCAGGAAGUUAAUGCUUAGUUGAAAAUGGCUCUUCCAAAUGUCAAAUCUUCCGAAGUUGUGGCAAAAUAGCUUAAGGUCAACAAAGUGAAGAUAUCGGAGUGGCCAUCACAAAGCUGUGUCAGGAGCAAUGGGCCACAAUUCACCCAACUUAUUGUGGGAAGCUUGUGGAAGGCUACCCAAAACGUUUGA